AUGCUGUCUCCACAGUUGUUCCACAAAAUCUUAGGAGUGGCUUUUUUCCUGCUCCCAUGCUGUGCUCAAGGUAAACCAGCAGAUCCACUGCGCAGUUUUGCGCACUCGCCUGAAGAUGGGAUAGAUGAAGGCUUUAUACCAGGUUUCCUACCGCUGGUUGAUAAUGAAAUGGAAGAUGUUAUCCGUCAGUUAGAACAUCAGAUUUCCAGACUUGAAGGAGUCCUCCGCUUGGAAAAGAAGAUAACAGCAUCUGGAGGAAAAAUAUUUGCUACCAAUGGGAAAAAAGCUGAUUUCCAUACUACACUGAAAAAAUGCAAAGAGGCUGGAGGGUCUAUUGCCACUCCAAGGAACCCAGGCGAGAAUGAUGCCAUUCUGUACUUUGUGAAAAAUUUUAAUACCUACACCUACCUGGGGAUAAAGGAAUCUUUAAUUCCAAGCAAAUUCCAGUUCCUGGAUGGCACGCAACUGAACUAUACUAACUGGCAUUUAAAUGAACCUUCUGGCAAAGGGGAGGAGGAAUGUGUUGAGAUGUACACUGAUGGCACUUGGAAUGACAAAAAGUGCAACCAGAAUCACCUUAUUGUCUGUCAGUUUUAG